AGAGGCAUCGGCCCCCAAGGGGGGCUUCCUCAGGCAGCCUCUGCCUCCUCUGCAUGGCUGCGACCCGGCGAGCGGAGAGUCGUCGCCGCUGAGACCUGCUGCCCUUCGACGGCCUGGCUGAUCCCGGACCCUGCCGCAGAGCGUGCCCCACCGCGGACCCCCAGCUCAGCCAUGCUGGCCUGUCUGCAGCGGACCCAGAACCCGCCGGGCCAACACCUGGUCUGCCCGAGCAAGAGCCUGGAGCUGCGCAAGUGCGAGACAGUGGCCAGCUCCAUGCAUUCCUCCCGCUACCCGAGCCCGGCCGAGCUGGACGCCUACGCCGAGAAGGUGGCCAACAGCCCGCUCUCCAUCAAGAUCUUUCCCACCAACAUCCGUGUGCCCCAGCACAAGCAUCUCAGCCGCACCGUCAACGGCUAUGACACCAGCGGCCAGCGCUACAGCCCCUACCCGCAGCACAGCGCCGGCUACCAGGGCCUGCUGGCCAUCGUCAAGGCCGCCGUCUCCGCCUCUGGGGUGUCCGCGCCCGCUGGGCCCGCCAAGAGCGUGCUCAAGAGCGCCGAGGGCAAGCGGACCAAGCUGUCGCCGGCCGCCGUGCAGGUGGGCAUCGCGCCCUACCCCGCACCCAGCACGCUGGGGCCGCUGGCCUACCCCAAGCCGCCUGAGGCGCCCGCCCCGCCACCCGGCCUGCCCGCGGCCGCCCCCGCCGCCUCGGUCAUCCCCCUGCCCGGCCGCGGCCUGCCCCUGCCACCCUCCAACCUGCCCUCCAUCCACAGCCUCCUCUACCAGCUCAACCAGCAGUGCCAGGCCCCGGGCGCCGUGCCCCCCGCCUGCCAGGGCGUGGCCAUCCCCCACCCCAGCCCGGCCAAGCACGGCCCGGUGCCCAGCUUCCCCAGCAUGGCCUACGCGGCCCCUGGCGGCCUGCCUGACUGCCGGAAGGGCCCCGAGCUGGGCCAGGGCAGCACACCGGCCUUGACGUUGGCCGGCGCCACCAAGCCUGCAGGGUACGCGGACGGUGGCCUGGAUUACCUGCUGUGGCCGCAGAAGCCGCCCCCACCGCCGCCCCAGCCGCUUCGGGCCUACAGCGGGGGCACGGUGGCCAGCAAGUCCCCCGAGGCCUGCGGGGGGCGGGCGUACGAGCGGGCCAGCGGGUCGCCCCUCAACUGCGGCGUGGGGCUGCCCGCCAGCUUCACUGUGGGCCAGUACUUCACCGCCCCCUGGAACAGCGUGCUGGUGACUCCCACCAGCGACUGCUACAACCCCGCGGCGGCGGCAGUGGCGGUCACCGAGCUGGGGCCCGGGGCGGCCCGGGAGCUGGCGGGGCCCCCUGCAGAGGCCCUCUCAGGCCUGCCCAGCAAGGGCGUGUGCAACACGGCGGUGCUCAGCAGCAGCCUGCAGUCGUUGGAGUGUCUCAUCAGUGACAUCCGGCCGGCCUGCAUCAAGGAGCAGAUGCUGGGCAAGGGCUACGAGGCGGUGGCCGUGCCCCGGCUGCUCGACCACCAGCACGCCCACAUCCGCCUGCCCGUCUACAGAUAAGGCCUGCCCGACGGACAGAUGGACCGGGUGCUGAGGAGGGGCAGGCCACAGAACAGGGUGGGCGGCACAAGGGGCACCCAGCCCUGCCCCGAGUCCGGGUGCCCACUGAUGCCCGCAGGGAAGCCAGGCCAGCCGCUGCCAUGCAGCCACUCGUCAGGGAGGGGCAAGGCGACCUGGCUCACCAAGGCCCCUCCCCCUCAUCAGCUGCCCCAGGACACAGGGAGGCCCCGGGGCAGCCACUGAUGUCCACGCCUCCCUUCAUCCGAGCUGGCAGAGGCCGCGAGAGAGAAACCACUUAGAAACAGGAAUCAUUCUUUCUGGCUCUCCAGGAGAGGGGCUCAGGCGGGGGUGGGGGGGAUGUGGGAGGAGGUGUGAUGCUCUAGCUCCUCCCCCCACAAGCUCCCCAGUCUCCUGGAAAAGGAGGGUGGGGGGCGACUAUAGGACAUCACUGGGCUCACAGUGUCCCCCACUGGCCAAUCUAGGUGAAGACAACUCUAUUUGAGGCUCCAGGGACCUGCAGUCCCCCUGCUCCUCCUCCUCCAGACUCUCCUUCCCCUCCCCCCAUUCCAUCCCAACACAGAAAAAUCGCACCCCCAUCCCCAUUCUCCAAACCCUGGACUACCACCUUCCCCCUUCCCUCUAGUACAUCUAACAGGGCUGCUGGGCACAGUUGUGCAGACUGUGCACUGCACAAGGGCACCUCGUCCAAGGAGACACCACUUGCAUCCUAGACUUGUAUAUUUAUUAUGGCAAUUUUCCGAAUCCUGAGGAAGGGGUGCCACUUUCCUAUUCGCACAAAGGCACCACAGGGGCUAACAAUGGGCCUGCCAUCCUAGACCCCAUCCAAGGGACCCUACCCUUCCUUCUUCAGGGGUUCUCCUAGGAGCCAGUGAGGAGGCAAUCUACUGGGUUUACUUGGGAGACCCCAUCUAACUCCUUUCCUGCGAGCCGCCCGAAGGCCCAUCCCACACCCUCGACGCGCGGGAAGGCAGGCAGGGUCCCCCCACUGAGCCCCCAAGUCCCGGCCCCUCUGGCGCUCCGGAAGCGGUACUGUAUCUUUCUCCAAGGCCUGUUCAAGCACUAAGUGCAUUUACAAAUCUCUGAGAAUGUUUUUUUUUAUACUAAAAUUGACCAUUAUAUUCUACUGUGAGAAGUGCAGUCUGCACUAUAUUGUUUUAAAAACGAAGAGAAAGAAAAAAAAGGCAAACAGGCGGUGCCUCGGCUGUGGGCUCGUUGGCAGCUCUGGGUCUUGCUCUUUCCGUCGUCCUCCCUGCGGGCGUGCAGCGGCCGGCGCCACCCGGCUGGGCGUGUUAGUCACUCCUCCAGCUCUUUUGGGAACCGAACCCGGGCCCCUCUGGCUGGUCCCCCGAAUGGUGCAGAGGGGUUGGGGGUGGGGGGGCCCGGCAUCACUAAAUUCCUUCCCAGCUCUUCCUCUGUGCCUGGCACACUCCAAGCUUGGCAGCAUGACUGGGGACAGGCCAGAGUGGCUGAGCAGUGGCAUCUCCCCGGCCAGUCCCAGCACACACCCACCCCCUGCCCAGGUGCCUGGGGAUUUGCAGGAGACCACCCCCACCCCCAACCCCUCCCAGGGUGCUCAGCAUUUAUCAGGCCCUUGCUGUGUGCUGGGCAUCUCAUCGACACCAUGUCUCAGUGGAGCCUCGCCACCCCUUGCAAGGUAGGGGGGGUUGAGAGGAGAAAGUGACACUCAGAGAUGUGAAGUACACACAGAGGGCACACAAUAGGUCUGUGGAAAGCUCAAACCCCAUAGCAUGGACUCUUCCUCACAUCCUGUCCCCACCUCCUCCCCUGGCCCACUGGCCUGACAUCUGGGCAGUUACGUGGGCCUCCCCUGCCAUGCACAGAGCCCUGUCCGGGUGCCUGGCGUGGUGAGGUCCAGGGCAGAAGCGGGAACAGAGGGAACACCCUGGAUGCACCCUGUGGUGGGGCCUCCACCUCCCUCAGGCCAGGCCCGGAGCCCGGGAGGAAAUGCAGCUCCGAGAGCAAGGGGCCUGUCCAGGGCAGGCCCAGCCCUCCUGAGCUGCUCAACCAACCUACACACCCUGGGGGGCAGGGGCGGGCGUCCUGCUGGGUGAGGAGCUGGGCCUCCGGGAGCAGUCCUAAACCAGACGUCGACAAGAGCUUUUCUGACCUCCGUAAUCGAGUCUCAGCAGCCCUCUCGGACGUCAUACCACCGUCUCCGUGGUCCAGACAGGGACACAGAUCGGAGACCAGCCCCAGGACGGCAUCCAGCCCACGCCCGCCCUGCACCAGGCGGCCUCCACCACUCCAGCCUCUCCCCCGGCCUCCCCCUCGUGCAGGACUGAAGCCCAGGGCGGCCCCCGGAGGCAGGCGAGCCCAGCAGGCUCAGAUGGAUGUGGGUUCGAAUCCUGCCAUUGCUUCUCUGGGUGGCCCUGCACCAGUCCGUCCCCAGCCUGCCGCAGAGCUGGAAUUCAAGGAGACAAAGGCACCGUGUGGGUCCUGGAGGGGGCGGGGCGGCAGGGUCUACAGUCAGGUUUAGGACCUGUCCCAGGGGCCACGACUGCGGCCACCUCAGCACCAACGUGGUGUGUGGGGAGCCCAGGCCCACCCACCCUGGGGCAUCUGGAGACGGGGAAGGAAGGGAGACCAGAGCCACCCCCAGGCCAGGCCCCUCUCACUUGGAGAUCAGGGCUGGGGACCCGCCUCUUCUCCUGGGAAGCCUCCUUGUCCUCUGCAGGGCCAGUCUGCGUGCAGGGCAGGUGGGGGCACGUGGCACACCAGGCUGGGCUGGGGUUCUAGUCCUGGCACCUGCUCCCUGGGUGCUCUGGCGGGGCACCUUCUCCCUGGGAGCCGAGCCAGCUGAUCUCAAAGGGCCCUCCAGCUUCGCCAUUCUGGCAUGCAGCCCCCCUGCCCUUUAUUUGUACAGUCACCUUUGAUUACACAUUGGAGAAACAGUGCAGGUGACAAGGACAAUAUUACUGUCAUUGCUACAAUUACCAACAGCCCACUACUGUAGGCAGACGGGUCAUCAGGCUCGGCACUAAAUGGUAUUUAGUCCUCACAACUGUGCAGGUGCACGUGAUACAGGUGCACAUUCCUAUGUCACAGACCAGGCUAGUGAGGCCCAGAGAGGGGCAGUCAUUUGCCCAAAGUCACACAGCUGAGGAUGGAGAAUGGAAAAGCAGCUAAGAUAGAACACGGGCUCUGACUCAGAGUCUGAGCUCUUAACUGCUGCGCUAUGCACAAAAGAUAAAACCACCGCCAAGCCCCAAAUGUGGCCCAUUUGGCCCUGGAACCUAGGUGCAGCCUUGGAUCCCACACCCCAGCUGCCGGGACUUCACGCUGGGGGAAGGAGUGGGGCGGGGGGGCAGGAUCCUCCAUGCCGUCCAGCCCCGGGCAGAGCUGCCCCCCUCCCCGUCUCUAAGCGUCUCCCUGGGGCACUGGGAUCCCCUCUCCAGGCAGCUGUCGCCGGCCCACAGCCCUUAGAGCAAGCUGCCCAGUCUGGUGGCCCCCCGGAGCUGGCGCCCGGCCUCGCCUGUCCCCACCAGUCGAGCAGAGCAACCGUGCGACGACCGCGCAUCUGCCGGACAUCGGCGCUGCCCCGAUGAGCUUCGGCAAAUACCUGAGCGGAGGGCCCGUGUAGGGGACACUCCCCUUUCCCAGGUGGCCCCCCGGCUUUCUUGACCCAUAUCCCGCCUUUAGGGCACGCCCCCGUCUCUGGGAGGGGAAGCUGACGCAGGUUAGACCCUGACUUGCCUCGAAACAGCCACCCCCCGCCCAGCCACGCCCACGUGGCUGCCACGUGCGCCCGGUUCGCUUGCUGCACUGCGCCUGCGCGUCUCGGGGACUCUUCAAGGUCCCUCGCCGUCCCCACCUGUCCCCCGCGCUGGCGUGGAAGGUGGGGUCUGGCCAGUGGGGUGGGUAAGGCUGGUGACAAAAGGUGUUCUAGUUAAAUUACCACCAUCACCAGCUCACCAGGGUGGCAGGGGCAGGGGAGGAGGCAGGGAGCCCGGCCUCAGCAUCCCACUGACUCCAUGUGUGACCCUGGGCGACUCAUGUGGCCUCUCUGAGCUUCAGUUCCAGAGGUCAGAGGGAGCCGUGGCCCCCAGUGACGGGGAGGGUGCCAGUGAGGUGUGAUGCACCAGCAUGUGCCCUUUGGCAAGGGACCGCCCCCUCUGAGCCACCUAUUUCUCAACUGUAGAGUGACGCUAAUAUUCAAAGCACGACCGUGUUGGGUUGAACAUAGCAGAGGACUGGUCAAAUGCCCCAGGCAGCACAGCGCCCCUUCCAUAGAAGAGGCCCCAAAAGUUAGGUGUGUUAUUUCUGUCGUGACCUAGUCCAGAUGAUUUUCAUCUUGGAAAGUGGGUUUCCAGGUUAAAAGAGUUUGAGAAACACAUGCAUAUCCUGCCCCCACCCCGUUCCACCUUGGAGACCCAGGAAUCAUAUUAGCAUAUUAAAGGCUCUGACAAGUCCUGCAGGCAAGAUACCCUUUCAACUUUAACCCAGCAUUUCCCUAACUUUUAAAAUCACCUUUGUUGUUGAUAUUAAGAUCCCAAGGAACAAACCGGACUUCAGGAAACACUGAGUCCUACCUCUUGUUUGCAAUUGGGGAAACUAAGUCCCCUCUCCUCUCUGGGCCUCAGUUUCCCUAACUGUAACACAAAGACUUCUAAUGAGUUUGUAGCAGAGCAAGGACUGGAAUCCAACGCUGACCCGGAGUCGUUGGGCCUCAACUCUGGAGCCACAACAUCCUAACUGGUCUUUGUCCACCUUGUCAAACUAGGCCCAAAGGAGGGGGAAGACCCCCAGGGAGAGAGAGGAGGACUUCAUUUGAGGAGUGGGGAUGAGUACCCCUAUUUUGAAAAGGAGAAAAGUGAGGUUCAGAGAGGGGAGGCAACUUGCAUGAGGGCGCACAGCAACCAGGUCCUGGACCUUCCAGGGGUGGAUCUAGGCUGCCUACUUUCCUUGUGGGUGAGUAGGCGGAUUUCUGAGUCUUACAGCUUCAGCGCAUACCUAAUGGGGAACUCAGCUGGGCCUCUUCCCGACGGUGUCCCCUGAGUCCCCCGGUCUCCUCUAAGGAGGCGUCUGAGUGUGACUGCAGCGCCCCCUGGUGGCCAGUCUCCAGGAUCCGCAGCGUCACCCCACACCAGCCAAAGGCGGGUUUCUGCACAACCUCUUGCGGUGGAGAAAUGGGAUGAUGUGCGCGUGCCUUGGAAAGGCCAAAGGUGCUAAGUUAAAAAAGAAAGACAAUCCUGCCGCCUCCCAGAAAGGUUCUCCUCCUAAGAGAGAGAGCGGAAAUCCCGGCUCCACCGCUGUUCCGUCCAGGCUGUGUGUCCUGUGUUUGCAUCAUUGGGUCUCACUUUCUUCAUCUGUAAGAUGGGGAUGAAAAUUUGUUCUCGUAUCUGCCUGAUUUUGGCCGGAGUAACAGGAAAUCUUGCCUCACUGGUUUAAAUGAGAAAGAAAACUCAUUCUCUCAAGCAAUGAUAAGAAGCCGUGAGGUAGGGCGGCCGCAGGGCUGGUUAAUUUCUCAGCACGAUAGUAUCAUCAAGGUCCUGUGUCCUUUUCAUCUUUCUGCUCCCCCAAACCCCUGCAUGGUCACAAAAAGGCUGUUGUAGUUCCAGGCAUCGCAUCCAGACCUGCCAGUGCCCGACAAAGCAGGAGUGUCUUCCUGUAUUUCUCUUACUUUCCCAGAAUCCCCCUCCUUCAGCAGACUUCCCCUCCUGUCUCAUGGGGCAGAACUGGUUCCCACGGCUAUUCCUCUACCAACACCUGGAAAGGGAAACAGAGUCGCAGUGGUUGGCCCACGACUGUAGAGCAGAGUGGAGAACUCAGAACAAAAUGAGCUGCUGUGAGUAAGGAAGAGAGUUACUUCUGGAGAGGCUUCCACACCAGUGCGCAAUGAACGCCAGCCACUGAGUGCGGUGGCCAGCAUGUGGUGGGUGCCUUAUCUGUGUUCCUCUGCUUCCUCCUUUUGGUGAUUUCCUCCAAGAACACAGGACUCCCAGCUUCCCGCCCUCUAUCCCUGGGGCUUGGGUCUCUCUCCAGUGCCCAGUGCCCCUGCCAUCCUGUCCUCUGCUUCCAUCAUCACCACCUCCUUUUGUUUCUAUCUCACACGCUCGGGAUGAACAAAGAUCUCCCCAUUGUCCCCGAUGACUUUGGAUUCCUAAAAAAUAAAAGCUAGGAGGUGCUUGA